GUAGAGCGGUAUCCGGAAGUAGUGCGCUGGAGAUCAGCACAUGCGCGUUCUUUCGUUUGCGGGGAAAAGCGUGGGAUGAGAAGGAAUACACACGCACUCCAUUUGAGAGAGGGUCUGUGUGUGGCCAAGCGGAGGCAAUGGCGCAAGUUCUGAACCUUAACAAUGAGGUCGUGAAGAUGAGAAAAGAAGUGAGGAAGGUCAGAGUUCUGACAAUUCGCAAACUAACUAGACACAUCACAAAACUGAAGGCAAAAAAGGGCACUGAAGAUGCAGUCCUGAAAAACCAUAAACGAGCAGAGAGGUUACUGGAAGAAAUUCAUGCCAUGAAGGAAAUAAAGCUUGAUCAAGUUACCAAAUUAGCACUUGGAAGAGAAAUUAAUUUUGAGAUUGUUUGCAGAAAGCCCAGUUCUACAGCAACUGAUAGAGCAAUUGCUAGAUUGACAACUCACGCACUACUGAAGACAAAAAUUGCCAAUAUUAAAGCUGCUGUAAAAGCCUUUAAAGAUGCUAGAAGACAGAAGACAGUUAGACCUAUUUCUUCAGAAGAACAUAAAUUGGAAGAGCUUACAGAAGAAUCUGAGAUGACCCAGCAUUUCAGUAGCAGUCUACAUAGCAAAACAUUUAAACAACCUCAGAACCAAGACAAAAUAAAGGUGAAAGAGAAGCAAGGCGGUGACAUGGGAAAAGAACAUAUUUGUUUGGGGGAGCUGCAGAAAAUGGCAGACAGUGAGAAAAAAUGUUCUUCGGAAGAUUUUACAAUGCAAGCUGCUGAACAUCAUCAACUGGCUCAUCAAGCUCAAGCAGUAAAGACAGUGUAUUCAGAAAGAACAAAAUGUUUGGAUGAUCUCCUGAGCAGGGGAGCAGAUGCAUAUAAUAGUAAUAUAAGUAAAAGUAAGGAUGCUGGAAUAGAGAAGGAAUACUUUGAUGACAGCACGGAAGAAAGGUUCUAUAAUCAGUCUUCUGGCUCUGAUGAAAAUGAUAGUGAUGAUGAUUUCUUUAUUGGCAAAGUAAGGAGAACAAAGAAAAAGAAGGGAGUAGCUGAUAUUUCAUUACCUACAGAAAAGAAAAUCAAGUGCAUUCAGCUAAAAGGCCGAAAGGGCUCACAAUCUGGCACAGGCCAGGACACAAAAGACAAAUAUCAAAACUCAAAAUCAAUGAAGCUAGAAUCUGUGUUUUUCUCUUCAUUGUCAGACUCUAACAAAUCAAAAAAUGUGAAAAGGACUAUGAGAGAUGACCCUCCGAGAAAUAAAGCAAAAGGUUUUGAAACAAAUCGUCCACAGAAACAAAUGCCCAGAGGUUCAUGUAUGAAGCAAGGUGUUAAGAAAGACGAGUUGGAACAAUCUCUUCAUCCUUCAUGGGAAGCGAGCAGGAAACGCCGAGAGCAAAUAUCUCAACUUACAGUAUUCCAAGGGAAAAAAAUUAAAUUUGAAGACUAGAGGGAGGGGUUUCUUUUUAAGGACUCUCUCUUCUUACUUUUUAAAUCACCUAUAUUGGCAUUUUGUAUCUUGUUAUGACAAAGCAGUAUAAACUAAAUACAUUUUUAUUUACCAUUUUCCAAUAUUACUGUAAUGUAUAAAAUAAAGUUGCAAUAGGCUUUUUUAAUAGGAACAGUCAUUUAGGCAUUGGUUACACUUGUCAGGAAUACUUCCAACUAGCAUAUUUUUGAAUGACUUGAGGAAACGUUAACGAAAGAUCACAGGCUUGAUUCUGCACUGCCAACACUGUAUUAUUUUCAACAAGUGGACACCUCUUUACUAGUUUUAGGCCUUUUGUUGAAUGGAGUAUCUUCUUCCUGCAUCGCUGUGAUUGCUGGUCUGUGCUGCUGCUGUGUUGCUUUGCCACUGGUUGUUUGUUUUAAUUUUAUUACUAUAAUGUAAAUCAUACUUGCUUUAACUGUGGCAUUUUGUAACAUUUUGGGACCAUUCAUUGAAGAGAUGGCUAGAAGUACAAAACAUAAUAAAUAUAUGUAGAAAUCUUGAUAGGCAGAACAUGUACUUCCUGUGUGUAAACACACGCACACCACCUGAGGAGAACAUUCUGUGCAUCUGAGGAUAACUUUCUGUACAUCUUGAAGUUUAUAAAAAUUUAUGCCAUAAUAAAUUUGUUGGUCAUUAAGAUGCUACAGGACUUGGUUGUUUUGGCUUAAAGUGUAGCAAAUUACUAGUUCCUGAACAAAUUGUAUAAACAGAAACCACUGUGAAAUUGCAUGAGCUUGAGGCUUGCAGUGUGAAUAACUGACAUAUGCUAUCUAAAAUACUUACCCAAAAAGGGAAUGCUCUACAUCAAGAGCCAGGAACUUGUCUCCAGAUGUUUUAGGGCUCCAGCUCUGACAGCCCAAGCCCACAUGGCCAGUGGUCAGGAAUUAUGGGAGUUUGAUUAACAACAUCUGAAGUGCCACUACUACUUCAUCCCAGCUCAAAAUAAAUGCAUCUGGUGUUCAAAAUUAUUACCUAUAAAUAAAUACACUCCAAUGGAUAAAUUUCA